CACGAAGAACGGCCACAAAACCAGCAGCAGUGCUAGUGAGGAACUAUACUGCUGGAUGAGGGCCACAGCGUAACACCGAAUCGGCUCAGCAUUUCGCAAGGUUCCUUCCCGCCUGUGUGUCCCACCCAGUCAGUCACAAAAACAGUUUCCCAAUGACAACGCACCAGGAAAAAUGCGGUGCAAUAAGCCAUAGAGACUGCUGUACACAUUGGUCACACAUUAAUCAUGCGACACGCGAAUCUUUCCGCAACGCGUCACUGAAACUGACCUAAAGGCGUGCCUCGCUCUCUUGUCCUCAGCAAUUAGCACAGCCACCGCUGUCACAAGCACUUCUGCCGUAUAUAGGAUAACAACUGCUGCAGCAGACGCCUUGAAAUUGCAGGUGACGAGGAGGGAAGUCAUCUGAACAACAGGCAACAAGUGUCGGCUUCCGUGUUGUGUUGUGUUGUUUUGGAAUCAGUGUUUCUCCCCACCGUCUUGGCCGAGAGGCGCGUCUUGGUUAUCAGCACGCUCUGCUGGGCUCUCCUGUACAGACGAAUCCACGAGUGAACGACGGUCCGGCGCGCCCCGACGCGUCUGCGGCAGAUCACUCAUCUCUCCAACAGCCCGAAG